AUGGAGAAUUUGAAUCCUAUUAGAUAUGAUCAGGUAAUUAUUAAAUCUGAGAAUCAUUUGAGAACGGUGUGCCCAGGCGAUAUCAACGUCAAUAUAUCCUACGAUACCUCUAACAAUAAUCGUUUGACUAAUCCCGAAAAAAAAGACAAAGAGAUAUUGAAGGGAAACCAUCAAUCUAGUAGUUCUCCACUCAACUAUCAGAAUUACCUUUACAAAAAUAGGGACCCGAUCCGUCAAACCAGAGCUGUAGUGACUCGGCCUAAGUGGAUAACUUCGGGUGUUAUCCAAAAGCGUGAGGAUCUCAAUAAGUAUGGCGAAAACCAAAAGUAUUCAAGGCAGGCCGAUUGUGCUAAAGAUCUUGACACAAAAGUUGUGCAGGGUUCCGAAAGCAGUAUAUCUGUUCAAGAAGAGGAUCCCAAGAGGCGAGACGGGAGUAACAGUGAUGGUAAAUUUAUUGAAAAGUCACCACUUGUCGGAUUGGAUUCGACCGAGGAAUUUCCGACGGAAAUAGAUUGUCCUCGUACCCAAAGUCCUGCGAGUAACUACCAUGGUUGGGUCACUACGGAAUCUUUCUUGAGGUCCAACGCUCUCACGAAAACAACGUUGGAAAAAUUAGCUACUUUUAGAUAUAAUUCAUGUCGAGCGAAUGGACAUACAAGGAUAAAGAAUCUGCAGCAGACGGAUGCCCCUCUCAUACCCUCGAAUCUAGGUUUACUUGCAGAAAAAGUAAUUAUGUCUGGGAUUUCAAACCCCGAUGGAAUGUGUCAACUAGCCCGUAUCCCUACCACAGCAAAUAAACACGAAAAUUACUGUUCCAAGGAAACUCAUGAAAACUCGCAAAUAAACAGAGAACAUUUAUCCUACCAGAUUUCAGAACAAAUAUUUAUCAAUGGCGAGAAAUUUAGACAACCAGAGCUACGUCAACACGAUAUCGAUCCAAGCAAUUCUAGCACGGCGAGUGAGAGCUGUACCCUCGCUAGAGAUAAUUUCGAAAGUGUAAAUAAAUGUGCUAUCGAAUCAUGUUACCUCGCUCCCGCACCUUCUACCAAGACUGAAGAAUUUUAUGUACCUGCAGAACGAGACUAUUCUACUAUAUGCAGAAAAGAUGAGGGUCCCAAUCGUACUCCUUGCAUUGAAUUACAAGAUAUAUCAGAUAAAAAUGAUGAAUACAGUGAAGGAAUAAAUGAUUCAGACCUUCUUUCUUUUUUUCCCGAUUUACCUGCAACGGAUAAUAGUUGUGAGCUUGGGGAAUCCAAGGGGAAAAAUAUUUAUAGCCCUCAAGAAACAACAGCAUUUAAUGAGAGUAAGGAAGGGGUAGUUUAUACCGAACUUCUUGAUUCUAUUCGGCUGAUAAACAAUGAGGAUGAGUUCUCGAUUGACGCGGAUCUCGAGAAGGAACUCUUUCAUGUUCAAAGCCCGACGAUAGAACCAUUGAGGGGUUAUGAAGAUAAUAAAAAAAAUUAUGAUAAAAAGCCGAGUUCCGGAGUCACCGUUAAAAGACUCAAAAGAAACUUUUCGGAUGCAAAUCCUGAGUUAACAUCAAAUUUAUCGGUCAAGCGGCCAAGAAUUUCAGAUUCGGAUAAUCACACUUUGCGAGGAAACUUUAUUUCCAAGAUAUCCACGGAAGGUCAAAAAGAACAGACCCACAACUUAAUUAUCCACGGACAGUCGGGUGACAACUCACUUAUGGGUAGACCAACCUUCAGAAAUGACAAUGUUUCACCUCCGGACUCAGCCUCAUGCUCAAGCCGAAAUAAAAUUGACGAAGCUAUUGAUCAUCGUCCCUUUGCACGAAAAAACUUCCCGACCUUAGUUGAUGAUUGUAGUCCUAUUAGAGGUCUUUCAUCAGGUAGCUUUCUCCGGGUAUGUUUUCGGGUUGGGGAAUUUUUCAGAGAAGCGGGGCGAUGUCAUAAGUUGAAGCAAGCUCCAGUGAUGGAGUUAUUCGCACGUAUCAGGAGCUCAUAUCGUGAGCUGGGGACCAUGAGACAGAAAUUCCAUUUCGCAGACAUAUGGCACGAUCGGCCUCCUCAUCCAGUUGGCCUCCUCUUGGAUGGAAGCGAGGAGCAAAUUGAGAGCAUAAGUAAGGCAUUAGUAAGAGUCUUAGGUAUUUUAAAAAGAGAUAACAAGCAGGCUAGCGGUUGGCUAUUCUAUGUUAUCAACAUUCGAAAGACAGAUUGGCAUGAAAUAGGCGAGACAAGGAGAAUAAUUGACGCAGAAAAAGUUGGUGAGAGAGUUCAGGAAAGAAAGAUGGUACCCCGUUAA